AUGCAAACAAUUCUCAACAAAUGUAUUGAAAAUUCGUAUAAUGACUACGGAUUGGUAGCAAAUGUAUCCAACAUUUAUUACUGUACAGACAAUGAAGCGUAUGAGAAUAAAAAUGUAGAUUUAGGAGACUUUAUCUUUGGCGCAAUCAUUAUAUUAUUAUUGGUAAUUAACGGUGUUGCCACUUUUUAUGACGUGAUCCUGAGAAAAUGGACUCAGACUAACAAAGAAUCUGGUAACCAAUACUUACUGACCUUUUCGGUGAUACAAAAUUGGGAGCGGCUGAUUCAAAGUGGACAUAUUGACCCGGCUUACGAAAGAUUUGCUAGCGUCCACGGCGUCAGAAGUUUAUCUUCGUUUCUGACGAUACUUCCACACAUGAUGCUUCUGGUUGGAUCAGGUUUUGUCGAUAACCCCCAUGAUUUUGAAAAGGCCUAUUAUAAUCCAUUCUUCUACAUAAUUGUAAACGGAACAAUGUUUGUACAAAUAUAUUUUAUUGUUUCUGGAAGUUUGAUGACAUACUCCCUCGCGCUGAACGAUGGAAAGAGGAAAGAGAAAUGGGGAUUUUUCUUUAAAGCAAUUUUGUAUAGAUGGAUCAGGCUAGUUCCAAGUGUCGCCCUACUCCUUGGCUUUAUAACCACUUGGUAUCGUCACCUGGGCUCUGGCCCUCUAUGGGAAUUUUACACCACUCCAGUUGUCAACGACUGCAGACGGUACUGGUGGUCGCAUAUACUUCUCUUCAAUAAUUAUAUAGAAGACAACAAAUAUUGCUUAUUACAAUCUUGGCAAAUAGCAGCGGAUUACCAAAUGUAUAGCAUCGCUUUGGCUCUAUACUUAGGAACAAAGAAGGGGCGGGGUAGAAGCUUGGCCCAUUUCCUUUUAUUCGCUAUUGGUUGCAUAGCCCCCGCAUUGCAUGUCUGGUUUCAGAAUCUUGAUGGGGUGUUUAUAUUGUAUCCUGAAAUAUAUCGUACCUUUAAAACAGACAACUUUAGGAAGAUGCACGUUUUCUUCUAUAAUAACCUGGCCUGUUUCGCGAUGGGUCUGCAAUUGGACAGUUCAGUACCUCGGGGUGGUGUGGUUAUCAUUUCUGAUGGCAAUCCCAAUCUACAUCUUGGUGGAGACGCCGGUAACCAGGAUUUUGAAGCUAUGUCUUUUUAG